GGUCUGGAUUCCGCAUCGGAGUCGUACGAGUUGGUACCGAUUUUUCUUUAUUUGGGACUGUACAUCGCUGGAUGACUGGCUCCUCUCGUACUGCUUUGCCUUGAGAAUCGGUGAGCUUAGAAACUCAUUAGUUGGAUCUCGAAUCGUGUUAGAAGUGAAGAAAUCCAUCUUGAGACCCGAGUCCAGACCUUGUGGAUACACGCUUUGAAUCGUGUACAUUUGAACCUGCAUCCGCUCUCGAAGUGAAGAUGUCAAAGGCAAAGAUUCAGCAGCCAGCUCCUCAUUUCCAGGGCCAGGCCGUGAUGCCGAAUGGCUUAUUCGAAGAAAUCUCCCUUACAACAUACACCGCGCAGAAGAAAUGGCUGCUGCUCUGCUUUAUACCCAUGGCAUGGACCUUCGUCUGCCCCACCGAGAUUGUCGCUUUUUCAGAUGCUGCUUCACAGUUCGCCUCACGAAACACGCAAGUCGUCUUCGCGUCAGCCGACUCAGAGUAUAGCUUGUUGGCCUGGCGGAACACGAGCAGGAAGGACGGCGGGCUGGGAGAGGUUAGCAUCCCGUUGCUCAGCGACAAGAAUCACCGGCUCAGUAGAGACUAUGGCGUCUUGCUAGAAGACGAGGGGAUCGCUCUCCGAGGCAUGUUCCUGAUCGACUCUCAGGGAAUCCUAAGACAGAUCACCGUUAACGACCUUGCCGUGGGUCGCAGCGUGGAAGAGGCCUUGCGGCUGGUGGACGCUUAUCAGUUUACCGAGAAAUAUGGUGAAGUGUGCCCGGCAGGUUGGCAGAAAGGCCAAGAAGGGAUGAAGGCUAGCAAAGAUGGCUACACGAACUUCAUCACUACCAAGAACGACGUUCAGAUGAAUGGAAGCCAUCUAGAAUCGACUGGACCUCACGUCAAGUGAACUAUGGAGUCGCUAGCUUUGAGGAUGGGGAGAGGACAUGAAGAGCAAGAGGGGAAUUUAUUCUCAACAUCAAAGCGAUUUAGCAUUUCUGUGGUGUUGCCUUCCUUCUGGAGUCAGAGCGUGCGGUGUUUGACUCUGGUACGGAGCAUUUGAGUAUGAUUUUUUAGGCAAUGUGGAGCCAGGAAGCGUCGAUUAUCAGCGCAGAAGCGUCGACUCUUCGGCCAAGCCAGUUCCUAAGACUGAUACCUUUUAGGCAUGCUUCAACUAAUAUAGAAUGGCUUAUCCGUUAUUGUGCAUGUAGCAUAGAAAAGCAGGGCAAAUAGAGCGUUCGGUCUCCUCUCCUUCCCGUA